GGAAAUAAUCUUUGAAAAUAUCUUCUUCCCUCUGCUGUGUCUUUGAACACGUCACAACUUUGGUUUCUCUCUCUCUUUUUUCAUUUCGUUGGAAGGUACGAGAGGUGAGUUCUGUUUGGUUUCUGAGAAAACAACAAGAAAACAUGGGUUUUAUUUUCUCGGCCGAGAAAAUAAAGUGCGUUCUUCUUCUGGGUUUUCUUCUCUUCGCUUGCCUUGCAAGUCUGCGAUCAGAUGCUCAACUUUUACCCGGUGAUGAAGUUCAAACACUAAGAACAAUACUCACGAAGCUACAGAACAAGACGGUGAACGUGGAAAGGACAUCUUGUAAUGACGGGAGAUGGAACUUCAACACGAGUUCCACAACUAACCUGAUCAAGUGUGACUGCACCUUCAAUGGCAGUUCCCUCUGCCACGUCACCAACAUACAGCUUAAGGGCUUUAGCUUACCCGGGAUUUUCCCUCCCGAGUUUGGGAACCUCACGCAAUUGCGAGAAAUUGAUCUUACUCGGAACUUUCUCAAUGGAUCGAUUCCUGCGAGUUUGUCCAGGAUUCCGCUCGUCAUCCUAUCAGUUAUUGGAAACCGGCUUUCAGGGCCGAUUCCUCCUGAACUCGGAGACAUCCCUACGCUCACGGAUGUGAAUCUCGAAGAUAAUUUGCUCAACGGAACACUUCCCUCGAGCCUCGGGAACUUGACAAGCCUCGACAGAUUGCUUCUUUCCGCGAACAACUUCACGGGUAGAAUCCCCGAAUCCUUUGGCAAUCUCAGGAACUUAACCGACUUUAGGAUUGAUGGAAACAGUCUAUCGGGGAAGAUACCUGAACUGAUCGGAAACUGGACUUUGCUUGAUCGAUUAGAUCUUCAAGGGACAUCAAUGGAAGGGCCACUUCCUGCUGCAUUAUCCAGCCUGAAGAACUUGACAGAAUUGAGGAUAACCGAUUUGCGCGGACCGCCCUCCCGUUUCCCAGAUCUUCGGAACACAGCGAAUUUGGAACAUCUGGUAUUGAGGAGCUGCUUAAUCACGGGGAACAUUCCAGAGUACAUUGGAUCUAUGAGUGAAUUGAAGACACUAGAUUUAAGCUCAAACAUGCUAACCGGUCCAAUCCCACAGACACUUCAGGGUCUGGCCAAAUUGGAUAACUUGUUUCUGAACAAUAACUCAUUGACUGGUCCAGUUCCUGGAUUCAUCGCUAACAGUAGAGAAAACAGGGAUUUAUCUUUCAACAAUUUCACACAGCCAGGGGCUGUAAGCUGCACCCAGAAUAAUGUGAAUUUGAUCUCGGCUUACCCGUCAAUAACGGAUGAUUCUGUUCAAUGGUGCUUAAGGAAGGAUCUUCCAUGCCCGGGAGAUGCAGACCAUCAUUCCUUGUUCAUAAACUGUGGAGGAGAAGGAAUCAGGGUUGGCAAGAACACGUACGAGGAAGACUUGAACAGGAACGGAAGAUCGGUGUUUAACUCAGUUUCAGACAAAUGGGGAUACAGUAGCACCGGAGCAUUCGUGGGAAAUGACAGUGCCGAUUUCUUAGCGGUAAACAGAUUCAAUCUCUCUGUCGAAGACUUCUACAGAACAGCCCGUCUCGCUCCACAGUCACUGAGAUACUAUGGACUGUGCAUGAGGAGAGGAAGCUACAAAGUUCAGCUCCAUUUCGCUGAAAUAAUGUUCAGUAAUGACCAGACAUACAACAGCUUGGGACAGCGAAAAUUCGAUAUCUAUGUCCAGGGAAAUGUGAUUAAGAGGGAUUUUGAUAUAGUAGAGAUUGCUGGUGGAGCGGGUAUAGGAUAUACAGAGACCAUUAAUAACGUACAAGUGAAUGGAAGCACAAUAGAGAUUCAUUUGCAGUGGUCGGGGAAAGGAACAUCGGCCAUUCCGACAAGAGGUGUAUACGGUCCUCUCAUUUCAGCAAUUACUAUAACACCAAAUUUCAAGGUUGAUACUGGGAAGCCAUUGUCCAAUGGAGCAGUUGCAGGAAUCGUGCUUGCUGCAUGUGUUUUCGUCGCGUUGAUAAUAGCCAUUAUCCUCAGGCGGAAAGGUUACUUAGGCGGAAAAGAAUCAUAUGACAACGUUCCAGAGCUCCGUGGACUCGAUCUGCAAACGGGUUCUUUCACUUUGAAGCAAAUUAAACGAGCCACGAACACUUUUGAUGUGGCAAACAAGAUAGGUGAAGGAGGGUUUGGUCCAGUUUACAAAGGUGUGUUAUCUGAUGGGACAACAAUCGCUGUGAAGCAGCUUUCUUCGAAAUCAAAGCAAGGAAAUAAAGAGUUUGUUACCGAGAUUGGAAUGAUAUCCGCUCUUCAGCAUCCGAAUUUGGUGAAGCUUUACGGAUGUUGCAUCGAAGGGAAAGAGCUUUUACUCGUUUACGAGUAUCUGGAGAACAACAGUCUCGCCCGAGCGCUUUUCGGACCUGAGGAACAUAGGCUUCAGUUAGAUUGGUCUACGAGGAAGAAGAUAUGUAUGGGGAUAGCGAAAGGAUUAGCCUACUUACACGAGGAAUCGAGAUUGAAGAUCGUUCACAGGGACAUAAAAGCAACGAACGUUCUUCUCGACAAGUCUCUGAAUGCCAAGAUCUCUGAUUUUGGACUUGCAAAGCUCGAUGAGGAAGAAAACACUCACAUCAGCACGCGGAUUGCGGGAACAAUCGGCUAUAUGGCUCCGGAGUACGCGAUGAGAGGUUACUUGACAGACAAGGCAGAUGUUUACAGCUUUGGGGUCGUCUGUUUGGAGAUCGUCAGCGGAAAGAGCAACACGAAUUACCGGCCCAAGGAAGAGUUCGUCUAUCUUCUCGACGAGGCUUAUGUCUUGCAAGAACAGGGAAAUCUUCUAGAACUCGUCGAUCUGAAUCUCGGGUCUCACUACUCGAAAGAAGAGGCGAUGCGGAUGCUGAACCUCGCUAUUCUCUGCACGAACCCGUCUCCGACUCUGAGGCCAUCGAUGUCAUCUGUGGUGAGUAUGCUCGAGGGGAAGAUGAAGGUCCAGGCCCCGCUGGUGAAACGGGAAGCUGCCGCUGGUGCGGCCGCUAGGUUCAGGGCUUUCGAGCUUUUGUCGCAGGACAGCGAAACACAGGUCUCAAGCUUCGAACGGGAGAGACAAGAUCAGAGUAAUGUCUCGACCAAUGCUCCUUGGAUAGAUUCUUCAGUCUCUCUGCCCAGCAAAGAUGUGAGCCAACAGCAAGAAUUCUCAUCAUCUUCAUCGAGAAAGCUGUUAAACGAUAAAUAACAUGUUAAGAUUACAGAUUCUUUAUAUGUCAGAUUCAACAGAGGAGAGUUUGGUGUUCAUAUAGUGUUCUGUCUUUCUGGGUUACCCUAGUUAACUAUUUACACAUUCCUGCAGCAAAAGAAUGAAAAUAUAUGAACUGAUAUAUGUAUA